UUAAAUACAGAACGGAAGACGUGCAAACCGAAACUAGUAGUAGCCUAUGAUCUGCGAGGAACAGCAAAUACUUACCUUCCUCUAAAGGUGCUAAAAUGACAUACGCAAGUGACCGGCUUUAUAAUGAGGCGAUCAGGCGGAAUUUGGGACAUUAUGCAACAAUAGUCAAAGUGAAAGAGAUCAUGCUCCAUUUGCCGUGCCUCACUCUCACUGAUAGGGAGGAGGUUGAAGCCAAAAAAGACUCUACUGGGAACUAUGCUGCUGUGCAGAUGCUUUUGGACAAUAUGCGCAGACGAGAGAACUGGCCUGAAGAGUUCAUCGCUGCACUGCGGCUCUGUGAACACAGAAAACUGGCUGAUGAGCUCAGUGAUGCUUAUGACAGGAUCAGGGGAUGGACGAAUAAUGCAGCACCUGCACCUGCACAAGCUCCUGCACAAGCUCCUGCUUCUGAUUCCACAGCUGCUGCUACAACAACGGUAACCAUUCAUACUGUCCCAGUGACCACUCCUCCCCAUCUUACUCAACCUUUGGUAAAGGCACCAGCACCAACGACUGCUACUUCCCAAAUCGCAGCUCAAGUUUCACCACCAGCUUCUGAUCUUCAGCAUGUAGAGCAAGUCCCCGCUCUGGCCACCUCUCCUGAACCAGCUUCUCAAAUUCCACCACCUGUUGUACUUUCCUCCCAAACAUCUUUCCCAACUGUUGUCUCAGCCUCCAAUGUGACUUCAACUGUUCAGCAAAAUGAAGUCCCACCCCAGGUUGGGGCAAUUGAAUACAAAACACCCAUUUCAGACACCCCAGAUGGCCAAACCACUUCCUUAACUGAUGGCAACGUUCUUUCCAACUUAAGUGUUCAAGCUUCCUCCUCAAGUGCCUCUCUAAGCCAAACUACAAACACUUACUCCCCCUCACAAAGUUCCCAGAACUCUGAGAAGGACCUGGUACCAUUUGCCGUUGAAGAAACAUCCCGGAGGCUCCCUGUCCAGGAUACAAAUUCUCCUAUUAAUAUGGAACCAGAAGAAUGCUCUGACCCAACUGUAAAUGAGACUGUUCAGAGGACCAACACAGCUGGAAUGCCAAUCAAAGCCCGUAAAACAACUGCCAUAAGAAUACCUCAGGCAACACCUUCUGCCCCUGCUGAGGUACAUGCUCACUGCUUCCCUUCUGUCAGCCAGGAAUAUUUCAGUAAGCCUGGCAUUCUUCAAGUUCCAAAUGAAGGAGUUGUCAUGCAAGAAGAGCCAUGCUCUACAACUACAACUGAUUUGGAGAUCAGCAGAUCAGUGCUUUCAGCAGAGCCAGUACAGUCUGUUAAUUUUGAGCACCCCAUCAAUCCUCUCUCGUUCAUCAGUGAAAGCUCAGAGGCUUCCAGCCUGAACCAGCCUGAAGAGGACCACUAUGAAUCUUCAUUGGAAAGUCUAAUGGGAACACGGCAACAUGAAUUACGUUGGUCGGAGGAACCAUCUGAUGAAAAUUUAAAUAGUCAGCCCCCAAGAAUGCUGAGCAACACAUUCAAUCCAUGUGGGGGUUCCGGAAAUAUGCAACAUAGCACAGGAAUCUCUGAAAACCAGCCAGUCCAGAGUUAUGAAAACAGUGAAAGUGUGGUUUAUCUUCCUAAGCCAUCUGGUCGUGAUAUCAUCAGACCAUCACACAAAGAGAGGUCGACCACUUUUAACUACCAGGAGCAACUAUCAAAUGCCACUAAACUAGCAAGUAAUCCUAAAGUAGACCCGAGAGAAGAGGGCCAGACAACAAGCCACAUAAAUAAACUCCAGCUUACUGCUGCAGCAGCUGCUGUAGGCAUUGGCCUUUUUGUGGUCUGGAAAAUCAAGCACUGAUUCUGAAGUCUUAAAGAUAUUAAACGUGCUGUCACGCUCAUGUUUAACAAAACACAUUUUUCUUUUUCUGUGAAACAUCUAAAGACUUAAUAAUCCUAUAAUGUCCAUGUUGCUUUUCUUCAGUAAAGUGAAUAGUAACUGUUCUAAGCUCCAGAAAUGUACAGUAGAAAUAAUCCAUUACUUUUGCGCUGAAAACCAAGUCUUCUAAAGCCAUAUACAGCAGCUUUGUGUAAGGAUUGUAUUUGUGCAUACAUUUACAGCUGUACGGCCCAACCAUUCACAUCCUUAAAUUCAACCUCUUACCUGAUCCAAUCUCAUUAUGUUAUAUACGAUAAUCAGCUGUACAUUUCUAAAAGAUCACAUGAGUAUACAAGAGUCUACCACUUUUAUGUAAAACUAAUUCUCAAGAAUGACACAGAUCUACACAGCUGCUAUUAUCACCACGUCUUUACAAAAGACUCACAGCUUGCUCUGAAACACAUUUUAGUCCUUUUUGAAUAUUUAAGUGAACUCUUUUUCCAUCAGUCCCACAACCACUCUAUCUCCAAAUUCCUUUUAAGACUGUCCAACUGGAUAAAACCAUGCAUCUACACAAGGCUGUAAAGAUGGAUUGAAAUUAACCAAGUGUCAUGUUUCUGGAGAACAAAAUUCUAUUUCUUUUCCAGUUAUCACAAAUGCAGCAACGAAGAAAGUAUUGAAUCCAUGUUGCUGUGUACCAAAAUUGCACUUUAGAUUUGAUAAUUGUAAUGUUAAAGUUAUAUUAUAUUCAUAAUGAAUACAGAGAAGAAAGUUUUAAUUAAUUAAAAUUAUGUGUACUCUCUUCCAAUUGAACAUUUAAUAUCUGUGUUGGGUAAUAUUAUAGCACUUUUACAACUUUUGGUGUGUUGUGAAAUUCAGUAUGGCUGAAUACUGUUUCAAAUAAACUGCAUGUGGUAAUGUUACUACUGGUAUUUUAAACAUUUUCUGGGAUUUUCUUAUAUAUAUAUAUUGUGUUUCAAUGCACCGUAGUCUCUGAAACCGUAUAUGUGACUUAACUGUUUCUUGUAUGUGUAAUUGUGUCUCUCUUGUUUAGGGUUAAUGAUUUUAAAAUAAAGUGGCCUUCAACGA